AUGUCUGAUACGGAAAUGCAAAUGGACACGACGGAGGGACAUCGCGAGGUCGAACACGAGGAGAGCAUUGAGCAGUCGAUGGAUCAGUCUGAACACGAAGGAGACGAAACUCAUGAUGAAUCUGAAGACUCUGAAGAUGAAGAGGCGCUCGUCGAGAUGGAUCCAGCAAAGAUUCUACCAACACGCAUCCGUCCCAACAUGCCAAAGGUCGAUUACACGUCCCCCGAGGCGAUUGCCCGUGCAGGCAUUGCCGGGCAGGAUGAGCCAGAUCCUCAGGACGCAGAGUAUAUCCCCACAGAGGAAGCUGUACCCGAAGACGAAGACCACAGCAUGCAGCAAUAG